GAAUGCCACGCAUACAAAUGUUGCAACGGGAAGGAAAAGGGAAAAAAAAGGAGAAUAACCUCAUGACCCUCAAUUUGUAAGACGAUAAAGCUAAGAAGAAUUUCCAAUAUAUUGGAGCAGGUUUAUCCCUUCACUCUUGUUACUUUUCCUUCGAGGUUACGAGGUCUAUUCAAUACAUCCUACGGGAAAUAUUUGUUGUUGCUAUCAAACAUCCAUUUUAUACUACGCUACCCAUUACUACCAAGCUACCAAGCUACCAAGAAACCAAGAAACCAAUUACGAACCGUCCCGUCUUAAGGGUCAUCCCUCUAAGCUCAAUCCAACCCUUCCAAGCUCUUCAUCUCCUUUAUUCCGUCCAAUACGAAUCACCAAUUCACCCUUCAAGCUUGCAUCAUAGUGUGAUUCAACCAAGGAACGGUCCGUACCUUUCAUCAUUACACUACGAAUCAUACUCUAGACCACGCUAUACUACGGGCCAACCCGGAUCUAUCAAAAUGGAUUACCUUCCCAUAGGUCUCCAAGCAACUGAUGUUCUCGUCGACAAACAUUUUCAUAGAAUUCCCGAUAAAGCAUUUCGGUCAGAAACUUACAGGCCACGCAUCCCUACCAAGUUAAGUAGGAGAAAGCGUCGAGAAGAAAAGGAACGAAGAAACUCUCGAGAUCAGGGAGUAGAUCCAGAGCGACGAAGAGAUUCGAGAGAUUCGCGAGAUCCGGGGGAGCGAGACGAUUGGGAGAGAGCAACACAAAAAAGACAAGAAGAACCAUAUAGUAAUCCAGAAAUCGAAGAAGCAGGUUACGAUUCCGAACCCGAUUAUACAUCUAGACAACGCGAAAGAAAUAUGAGGGAUAGGAAUUGGGAUUCGAAAUGGGAGAGAGACAGUGAUUUGAGAGAUAUUCCAAGACAUAGUGGUGCGGGCACAGGAACAGGUUAUGUAUAUGGAUAUCCUUAUGAAAAAUCAGAUCGAUCCAAUUCUCCACCGUCGCAGAUCUACAGUCAACAACCACCACGUCUUCGUCCCGAAUAUCUUCCAAAGUACGGUGCCCCCCGACCAUUAGACCCUGCUAGUAAAAAUCCAUACUAUUUCCCUCCUCCGCCCAUAGCAACAUUCCCAGAUCCAUUUGACAGAGAUGAGAGGAGAGGAAACUAUGAUUCAGAUGAACGAUACGAAAAGGAAAGAACACGCAGACCAAAGCCUAUCCAAAGAAGUAGUUCCUACGAUGAUAUCCACAGUCAACGCAAAUCUUAUCCUUCAAAUCAAGACCAAAGACUUUCCACUCGCAACGCCAGUCGCACACCUCGAUCUGAUCAUGGUGGAUCUAAAGAUUCACACACGGGUACUAUGAAAGAUCGCGCUGAACGCUAUGGAGUUAAGGAUGAAGUCAAAGGAUUAUUUACAGAUUCACCACAAGGAUUAGCAGGAGGAGCCAUCGGAGCACUUGUAGGAGGAUGGGCGACGGAAAAAUUUCAAGAAUCGCAGUCAGGGAAGGAUAGAAAGGAUAUGGGAGAUCGGGCGAAGAUUAUUACGUUACUUGGAGCUGCCGCGGGAGGAUUGGUGGCUAAUGCUGUGGUUGAUAAGUGGCAGGAUGGAAAGGAGGAGACAAAGAAGAAACAGAAGAAAUGGGAUAAAAAAUACCCGGAUGGGAAGACCGAUGAUAAUGGAGAGAGGGGGGAUAGGGAUGAAGGAAGAAACGGAGAGAGUGAAAGGGAAAGAAGAGAUUCGGUUAGGAGUCGAGAUGCGAGCCGAAGGGAUAGAAACAGAGAUGACAGUCGGGAAAGAGAUAUGUCUUAUGAUGAGAAGAUUAGGAGAAGUGAUGGAAGACGUUAUGAAGGGGUUAACGAUGGAUAUUAUUGAGUUGGGAUUUGAUGAUGCUCAUGAUAUGAACGAAGCAUAUGACUCGUCAACGAUUUUAAAGAUGUCAUUGGAAGGUUACCAGCGAGCGUGGAUUUAUUACUCAAACUUGGACGCAACAGCACUGUAUUUUACUACGAAUUUACGAAAUGAUGAACUUCGGAUUUAGAGAAAAGAAAGAGAAAUGGAAAUGGAAAGAAGAUACAGGAUGGGAUGGAAGCGAUGAUUUUAUUUUAUUUGCUUAGUUUGCUUUACUAUUUACUUGUUCAUCAGCGCGCAUGGAUUUAUAUAAUCGUAUAGAUUGCUGUUUAUGAUUCUAUCA